AUGGCUGGUUUCGGCGCAUAUCAGUCAGGCGCAUACAGCCAGGAGGGCCUGGACUUCCAGCCACGCCUGUCGCGCACCGAUGUCGCCGCCAGCGCCGGCGUCGUGCUCGGCGUCUGCUGCUCUGUCUAUGCCCUGGCCGCCCCCAGGGUUGUGAGCCUGUGGUUCGGCACCUGCAUGGCAGCACUGGCUGGAACCAGCCUAGCGUGCACACGGGCACUGUUGCUGGAGAGGCAACACAAGGCCCUGCAGCGCAGUGAGGAGGAGUGGGUGCGCCUGUUGAAGGCUGGGACCUCGCUGGUGCCCUUUCGUCGCUCCCGCCUGCAUGUGGCCACCUUCCCGCCAGGCACUGGGUCUUCCACCUCCGACCUGCGCAUCCACUGCCUCCACGGCUUCGGCUCCGCCCUGCACUCCUGGCUGGCGGUGGGUCCACACAUCGCGGCGGCGCUGGGAGCUACCAUCACCGCCCACGACAUGCCCGGGUUCGGGCUGUCAGAGAGGCCAGCUCAGGAUGAGCCCUACACCCUGGCAUACAACGGUGAAGCAGCCCGAUUUAUCAUGGACGAGGUUGCAAAAUCUGAGGCAGGCGCAACUGGCGGCCCCUGCAAGCGGGUGCUGAUGGGGCACAGCAUGGGAGCGGUGUCUGUCGCCGACGAGGUCAUCAGGGAUCCCCAGGGGUACAGGGGCAUCGUCCUCGUGUCCCCGGCCAUCUUUGCAGCCAAGGUGCCCGGCCAGCCACCUGCUAGGCACAACCAGGCACUGGACCCACGGCUGGAGGCUGUCGAGAGGGUGGUGGAGGCGGAGGACGCCCCAUCACCGCCAAAUUCCAAGCCCUGGGCGCAGCGCCUGCGCCUAUGCGCUCGUGCGCUGCAGUUUGCCGCGGCGCGUGUUAUCCUGCGGCUCGCUCGCCCAUUCAUCGUCCUCACACUCCGCUCCAGGAUCAGGAAGAAAAACUUCUGGCGCAUGGGACUGACGUCCGCCUGGGACGACGCAAGCCGCCUGCAGCCUGAGACUGUGGACCGAUACCGCUUCCCCCAGCUGAUCAGGGGAUGGGAGACGGGGUUCUGCAGAUUCCUCGCAGCUCGCUUCGCAGAGAAGGGGGGUCUGUUGUCCAGCUUGCGAGUUGCGCUGCAUGGGCCGCCGAAACCCAGCCAAGCCGAGCGGCUGGCAGAGCAGCUGGGGGCCCUGCCACCCCAGCGCCAGCCCGCCAGGCACCGCCGCGCUAUGCACCACGCGCUGAAGCGCCGCGUCGGUGGUGUGGGCCAGCACCACCUUCCCGGCGGUGUCGCUGGAAGCCAGGAUGCUGCCAUUCUCACCGCCUAG